AUGGAGAUCGAGCUCGCUUAUGGUGAAUCUCGCGGAUACUGGAAACAUUAUUCACCCGGGAAGUGGUUCAAACAAGCGAAAGCCGUUGGCAAGAUCAACAACGUAAAAGCUACUCUGUUAUUUGAUUCUGGUGCUGAAGUGUCGAUCAUUGACACCACCUUUGCUCGUGAGGUCGGUUGCAAUAUUGACGAAAGUCAACGACAAGAAUGUAUCGGGAUUGGAGAAACUCCGUACAUGACGGUAGGACGUACCAAGAUCAAGGUGACCCUCGCGGGAUCGCUGGUAUACUAUUUCAAUGUAUGGGUAGGCGAUCUGGCAGGGCAAGAAGCGAUUCUGGGUAUGGAUUUUAUGGUGCCUGCUGGAGUGCGGCUCGAUCUAGCGGAUGGCGCGCUAUGUCUACCAGAAGAAAUCCGCAUUCAUCUCGCAGGACGUCGCCCCGCGUACGGAUCGAAGAUACAACAUAUAACGGCGAAGGACCAACACGUGGUGAUCCCGGUCGGAGAGUCAAGGGAAGUGAAGAUCGGGAUCGGAGGGGCUAAGAUGAAGUUGUGGGUCGCUAGAGGACUAGAUUGGGUCCCCACUGUGAUCUCGGGGUGGGGUAAGACGAAAUACCUGCAGAUGACCAACAUUGGCGACCGUGAGAUCAUACUGCCCACCCACACUAUAUUAGGCAUGUGGGUCGAAGGCGAUAUGGUACCGCGAACCCAAGGUUUGGUGACAGUCGGGUCGGGGAAGUACAAGGAAUGGCAAACUCUGGCAUAUGAGGCUACGACGGAUCGAGUGAACGAACUCCCGAAAGAACCGAUCGGACCAUUGGUAGAUCGUCCUACGUAUGCCGCUCCCAAACGCAUCUUGAAACGUCCGUCUGAUGCGUUACAGAACCUGUCUCCGGCGAUCUCCACGGUAACGCCGCAAGCUAACGAUGACGAUUCGCAAAAGGCAGAUGCUGUAGUUGCGAGGGAAGUAACGGUCAGGGGAGCCGAACUAUCGCGGAUGGAGAACGGUCAUGAGAUCGGUACCCAACAUGCAACGAAGGGAGACCGCGACACCGGGCAAGAAGGGCUACGUGACAGAUCGUCUCUACCGAAGGCUGAGCCGACUGACCGACUGUUGAAAUUGGGCCAGCCGGAAGAGACGAAGGAGCCUAAAGAAGAAAUAAUGCUAAAUACUGAAGACGUCGAGAUUGCAGAAAUACCAGUUUAUCACCACGAGAGCGGAGAUUUGUUUGCGGAAGAUAUCGAGCAGCAUAUGGCCGUGCUACCAGAGAUGUCGGCGACUACGGAAGAAGUUACGAUUGAGGACAUUCAGAUCGGUGAUCCCGAUGUGCCUCUCACCACAGAUCAACAACGGCUCAGAUCGCUGAUCUGGAAGAGCCGUCACCUCCUCAUGGGUAAAGGUAAUGCUCUACCACCAGCAGCACGAGGCGCGAUCUGUGAUAUUGAUGUCGGUGGGGCAGCACCGAUAGCGCAAAGAGUGCGUCCGGUCGCACCCAAAUAUCGGGAGAAGCUGUCAGAUCUCAUCAAAGGACUAUUAGCAGCCAAAAUCGUUCAGCCAUCCACGUCACCUUGGGCGUCUCCGAUAGUGGUGAUCAUCAAGAAGAACGGAGUGGAUAUUCGCCUUUGCAUUGAUUAUCGAAGAGUGAACCAGCUGACGCGUCUGAUGGUUUAUCCCAUGCCGUUGAUCAGCGAUCUGUUGGAAGAUCUGGAUAAAGCUCUAUGGUACUGUUCGCUAGACAUGGCUAGUGGAUUUUGGGUCGUCGAAAUGACUGAACGAGCAAAACUGAUCUCAGCGUUUGUCACACCGUUUGGCUUGUUCGAGUGGCUGCGAAUGCCUUUUGGGCUUAAGAACGCGCCCCAGAUCUACCAACGUCUGGUGGACAAUGCGUUGUAUGGAUAUCUCAAGAUCGGCCAGAGAUCAGCUUCUGAUGGCCCGAUCGACGUGUUCAAAGAUGGAGAACCUGAGACAGAUCGACGACCGUCUAUACUGGGACGCCGAUCUUACAUUGACGAUAUUCUCAUACCAGCCACGUCAUGGGGAUCUUUGUACACAAAAGUAGAACGGUUGCUGGAGGCAUGUGAUAAGUGGAAUCUGUCUAUCAGCCUCACGAAGAGCUUUUGGGGGUGCCGUAAGGUCGAUUAUUUGGGACAUCGAGUGUCGAUGGAUGGUCUGGAGGCUCAGCCCAAGAACCUAGAGUCGUUGGUUAACAUCCCGUUUCCUAGCACGCUACGAGCUAUGCAAUCCUUUCUCGGGAGCUUGAACUACUACCGUCGCUUCAUUGAGGAUUUCGCGGUGUAUGCCGCGGUGUUGUAUGAGUUAAGAGAAUCGGAUUUCUUCGAGAUCGGCCGAUCUCAGCUUGCAGCAGGAGACGAAUGCUCCAACGAGGGUCGAUGGACGGAAGCCAAGGUUGCUUUCACUAUGCUAAAAGCUAAGAUAGCUACAGCUCCCAUGCUCAAGCAUUUCGACCCAGAUCGGUCCCCCGUAAUCGUGGUCUACGCUAGCAAGUGGGCUGUCUCAGCGGCCCUGAUACAGGAGUACGAUGGCGUGUACCAUCCGGUGACGUUUACUAGCCGCACUUUAAAGCCUAAUGAGCUUAACUACGGAACGGUAGAAAAGAAGUGCUGGCGCUACUUCUCUCGAGGGCUCAACGGGAGAUUAGGACGGUGGGCUGCUUUGUUGUCAAAUUGGACUAUGGAGGUGAAGAAAUGUGAAAGAGGAGAGGAAGAGAUCCUGGGCAUGUUAGCAGCGAGUAUCACUCCGAGAGGAGAAGUGGAAGAGAUGCUGAUUGCGAUCUCCCCACGAAAAGACUGUCGACUCAAAAUAUCGAUGCCUCCUCCAACGGUGGAAACAGAUGAGGAGUUGCUGUUACCCGAAUGGACGAUCGUGGCGGCCGAAUCGAGAUAUGUUCACGAUCUGACUGUGAACGAAGCUGAGUAUAAUGGCUUGCUACUGUGCUUUGAGUUACUCGCCGGUCUGGAUAGGGGGCGAGUAAUACUGUGUGGAGAUUCCAGUCUGGUGAUUCGACAGAUGCGCGGUGAGAUCGACUGCAAGGCACCGGGCCUUCAGCUUCUGAGACACAAAGCGUUGGAGAAGCUGCAGUCAUGGCCUAGUCACGAGUUUCUGCAUAUGAAGCGAGAGUGGAAUCAGAGCGCAGAUCGACUAGCCAGCACAGCAUUGCAGAGCGAAAAGGGAAGAACGGUUGUAGCUGAAGAGGAUCGGCAAGAUCUGAUGACUCUGAACCGUCUCGAUGAAUUGUUGAAGCCCAAGCAAGAUGGUCAGCUAGCUCGGGUAACUGCGAUCGCGAGAUCAGCCAGGAGGAUACGUCAUGAACCUGAAGUGAUACAGGAGGAGAUAGUACAGAGGAUCAGGAUUCAACGAAUUGUCCAAGCUCAAGAUGAAGAGCGUUGGAUUGUCAAUCUCAAGACAUAUCUAAGUGGCGAUGUAUCAAACUUGGAUGCGGUAGAAGUGAAGAUGUGCGCCAAACUGGCGCCGGAAUACGAGAUCGAUGAGAACAAUCUGCUAUUUUUUUGCCCCAUGGCGAAAAGAGAGUCGGAAGAUCGCGAUGGUUUGAUGCGGUUGGUGAUCCCUGAGACGUUGCAGCAGGAUUUUUGCAUCACUAUCACACGAGUCUGGAAGGAGGCCAUCAGGGUAUUGGCCGAACCUAUCAGAGGAUCAGAUCGCGAUUUCAUUGGAGAGGACUGUAUCGGAGCGUUCAACGAUAUGUGGGCGAAUGUACCGACUGUGAGACCGGGAAAGGAAACCCGAUGA